CAAGCACUUGUGGCAGCAGUAGUCUCCUGAAGUUUAUAUCAUUUUGAAUUAGUUUAUUGAAGCUGUGAGAAACAGAUCUCUUUAAAAACAUGAGCGCCACAACUCUAUCCAUUGCUUUUUUAACCUGUGUACUUUUGUCCAUGACAGAAGGCAGAAUUAUAAUCAAGCAGCCCAAGUGCCUGUGCCCAUCAACCUACUCAAAAGAAAUCCAGCUUAACAGGAUUCAGAAAUUUGUCAUCAUUGCUCCUGGCCCUCACUGCAGAAACCUAGAAGUAAUUUUCACUGUGAAAAAUCAGAAGAAGGUGGUAGAUGUCUGUGUCAACCCCAGUGACCAGUGGGUUCAGGAUGUAAUGAAAAUGAUUGGACAGAGCAAAGACGGAAAAUGAACUGAGAUGCAACAAUUGUAGUUUGACUUGAGAUGCAAGGAAAAAGAGAGAGAAAUACUUUAAAAAGGAAGAAGGACUGUUUUUUUUUUUUGGUCUUAAAUAUAAUCUGACCAACCACUGUUAAAAUGUGACAUCAAAACAAACAUUUUUCUAUAAUGUUUAAGCACUUUAUCUCGUCAUGUGGUGCACAGCUUGCAUUAUUCUUUGCUUUUUGUUAAUAAUGCUUGACUAAUAUUAUUUAUAAAGUAUGUUGCAACUGAU